AUGGCUUCAUCAGAGGAGGAUUUCUCCUGUCCUGUGUGCUUUGACAUCUUUAAGAAUCCUCUUGUUCUGUCGUGUAGUCACAGUGUGUGUAAAAACUGUCUGCAGCAGUUCUGGGAAAAGAAGGGAACACAGGAGUGUCCAGUUUGUAGGAGAAGAUCCUCAAAAUCGGAGCCUACUGCUAACCUUGUGCUAAAGAACCUGUGUGAGGCUUUUUUAGCAGGAAAAAUUGGAAAAACUUCAUCAGAAUCUGAGGAGUUCUGCGAUCUGCACAGUGAGGGACUCAGAUUCUUCUGUCUGGAGGAUAAACAGCCUGUGUGUGUGGUGUGUCAAACUUCAAAAACCCACAAAAACCAUAAAUUCUGUCCAGUGGAUGAAGCUGCACAUGAUAACAGGGAGGAACUGAAGACUACACUGAAGCCCUUACAGGAGAAACUGGAGAUCUUUAAAAAGGUCAAACUGACCUGUGAUGAAACAGCAGAACACAUUAAGACUCAGGCAAAACUCACAGAGACACAGAUUAAGGAGGAGUUUGAGAAACUUCACCAGUUUCUACGAGAUGAAGAGACAGCCAGGAUAGCUGCACUGAGAGAGGAAGUGGAGCAGAAGAGUCAGACGAUGAAGGAGAAGAUUGAGGAGAUGAGUGGAGAGAUUUCCUCUCUCUCAGACACAAUCACAGCCAUAGAAGAGGAGAUGAAAGCUGAAGACAUUUUGCUCCUAAAAAACUUUGAGGCCACAAAGAAAAGAGUCCAGUGCACACUGCAGGAUCCAGAGAUGCUUUCAGGAGCACUGAUCAAUGUGGCAAAGCACCUGGGCAACCUGAAGUUCAGAGUGUGGGAGAAGAUGCAGGACAUUGUUCAAUACACUCCUGUGAUUCUGGACCCCAACACUGCAGCACCAUGGCUCAUCCUGUCUGAGGAUCUGACCAGUGUGAGAUACAGUAGUGAAAAACAGCAGAUUCCUGAUAAUCCAGAGAGAUUUGAUACAUAUACAUGUGUUCUGGGCUCUGAGGGCUUUAACUCAGGGACACACUGCUGGGAUGUUGAUACUGGUGACAGUACACUCUGCUCCUUGGGUGUGACCACAGAGUCAAACCAGAGGAAAGGAAAGACAUUCUUUAAAACUGGUGUUUGGCAUGUUGGGUUAUAUAAUGGUGAAUACUGGUCAGAGGCCUCAGGAGAGUCAUCUACUCCACUGACAGUGAAUAAUAAACUCCAGAGGAUCAGAGUGGAACUGGACUGGGACAGAGGAAAACUCUCAUUCUCUGAUCCUCUAAAUAACACACACCUACAAACCUUCACACACACUUUUACUGAGAGAAUGUUUCCAUACUUCUGUGAUCACUGUAAACUCUCUCCUCUGAGGGUCUUACCUGUGAAGUGUUGUGUAACAGUGAAACAGCACAGUUAG